GAGGAAUACCUUGAGCUUUGUGUCAAUAGCUCCUACGUCAAUUUCCUACGUUUGCAGCACUAAAAUAUGCCACUACUUUUGCAGGACGUCGAUUUCCAAGAUGGCGUGACCAUUGCCGAUAUUUACAUCAGCGCUUUCUACGACGACCCGUUCAACAAGACGUUGUUUCCCGGCGUAUCAUUCGAUCAGCAAGUCGCUGGCGUGAUUUCACGCUGGCCGGGUAACUACGGUGCGGUUUCAGCUCACUACAAAAAAGUGGUUGAUAGCGAGUCUGGAAAGAUUAUAAGCUAUUCUAAAUGGUCAUUCGCAUUCACGAAUGCGGGGGAUGUUCUGCGACAACCUGGAAAUGUACCAGCGGGUGUCGAGAUCAGGCCACCUUCAACGCCUGAAGGGCUGAAUGACCCGUUUGCGAUAGAGUUCACGGAAAAGCUUGAUGAAGUGCGGGAACAUAUUUUAGGGAAUUGUCCGCAACUACAUCUGAAGAUGAUGGGGACUCGCCCCUCGCACCAGCGACACGGUGUUGCAAGUUUGCAGCUUGCGUGGGCCGUCCAAAUUGCUGACAAGAACGGACUGGCUUGCUGGUGGAAGCGUCUCCUGUUUCCGUGUCCGUAUAUCAGAAGUUUGGAUUCGAGGUCAAGGGUCAUGUGGACUCGAUCCUGGAUGAUUCUUGUGGUGGAGGGACUUACAGGUAUACUUGCAUGUUGCGGCCGGCGAAUAAAUCAUCCUGAGGUUGGAAUGGAAGGCUUAUAAGAAUGAAACUCUACCCGUG